AAUCAGUGUCAUCGUACAAUUCCGGCGUAGCCAAUCAGAGCGUCCUCCACAGACGAACGCGUCGGCGUCAGAGGUGGGGCGGAGUCCAGUUGUAAUUUUUGGCGCGUUCCUGCGUGGAUCGGGAAGAGGACCGAGUCUUGACCUAGAUUCUUCAUUACUCAUCUCCUGGGCCACCUACCUGAUUCGCCUUCACACUUGUUCACCUCAACUAUUCUCUUAACAGCAUGGAUGUGGAGGAAGAUGACUUGUCUCUACUGACAUCUCUGCUGGAGGAGAAUGAGGCAGCCUUGCAUUGCCAUUCAGAAGAGAAUAACUCCUUGUCUCUGGAAGACGGCGGACCUGAUGAAUUUGAUGAGCUUUUUGAUGCUGAUGGUGACGGUGAAUCUUACACAGAAGAGGCUGAAGAUGGAGAAGAGGGAAAGACAGAAAACCAGGAGGAAAAUUUGGCCACUCUCUUUGGUGAUGUGGAGGAUUUAACCGACGAUGAACUUCCUACAUUGCAAGUUGAAAACAAGGUCCUUCCCGUUCCUGCUCCCAGCCAAGAAAAAACCAAUCAGGAGUUGCAAGAUGAAUUAAAGAAGUUGCAAGAGCAAAUGAAAUCCUUACAGGAGCAGCUAAAGGCAGCAUCAAUUAAACAGCCAAGUGCGGCCUGUUUGCCGGAAUCACCUGAAGGUGCAUCUCUUCGGCCCUCCCUUAAAGAGAAGAAGGUUCGGAGAAUUCAGGAGUCAGCAUGCUUUUCUGCAGAACUUGACGUCCCUGCUUUACCCAAAGCCAAGCGGGUGGCUAGGAUGCCAAAGACUCAUGCAGAGUCAUCGUCAAGGACAAGUACACUCUCCCAACCACUCCAAGUUAUUUCCAAUUUCCUAGAGGCCAAAAGCUCCUCUUCAAUGUCAAAAAGUGCAUCCCCACCACAAGCUGUUCGUGGAAACAAACCCACUGGGAUGACUAGAAAUCAGAGCGCAGGAACCCCUGGGAAUUCUGAGGAACGGGCCCCACAGGUUCCCCAGGUCUCCGUGGAAGCCUUCUCAGGCCUACGACUCAGGCGACCUCGAGUAUCCUCCACAGAAAUGAACAGGAAAAUGACAGGUCGAAAACUGAUCAGACUGUCUCAAAUCAAGGAGAAGAUGGCAACCGAGAACCUGGAAGAAACGGACUGGGUGACAUUUGGGGUUAUACUGAGGAAAGUCACUCCACAGAGUGCUAACAGUGGGAAAACAUUUAGCAUCUGGAAACUGAACGAUCUUCGUGACCUGACAAGGUGUGUGUCCUUGUUCUUGUUUGGAGAAGUACACAAAGAUCUCUGGAAGACAGAGCAAGGGACUGUCAUAGGGUUGCUCAAUGCGAAUCCCAUGAAACCCAAAGAAGGCUCUGAAGAGGUGUGCUUAUCUAUUGAUCAUCCUCAAAAAGUCUUAAUUAUGGGAGAAGCUAUGGACCUGGGAACCUGUAAAGCCAAGAAGAAGAAUGGAGAGCCAUGUACACAGAUUGUUAAUUUGCAUGAUUGUGAGUACUGCCAGUAUCACAUCCAGGCCCAGUACAAGAAGCUUAGCGCAAAGCGAUCAGAUCUGCAGUCCACUUUCUCUGGGGGGCGGAUUCCAAAGAAGUUCCGCAAAGGCACCAGCCUGAAAGAGCGACUGUGCCAAGAUGGUUUCUACUACGGCGGGGUUUCUUCUGAAUCCUUUGCAGCGUCCAUGGCAGCAGCUAUUGCUCCUAAGAAGAAGGUUCAAACCACUUUGACCAAUCUGGUUGUGAAGGGCACAAACUCAAUCAUCCAGGAAACAAAACAAAAACUCGGAAUUCCCCAGAAGAGCUUGUCUUGCUCCGAGGAGUUCAGGGAAUUGAUGACCCUGCCCACAUUUGGAGCCCGAAACUUAAAGCAUUUAGCCAAAACCAAGGUUUCAGGUGUAAUAGGGAGCCCAAAACCUGCCAUCCAGUCUAUCUCUGCAUCAGCCCUCUUGAAGCAACAGAAACAACAGAUGCUAGAAAUGCGGAAGAGGAAGUCAGAAGAAAUACAGAAACGAUUCCUUCAAAGCUCAAAUGAAGCCCAGAGCCCGGCAGUGCCAUGUCCAUCUCGACAGUCUGCUGCCCAGUCUCCUCGAACUGGGGCAGAGUUCCCCAGGUUGGAAAGAACCACAGCACCACAGAUGCCUAAGCUUGGUACAGGCAUCUCAGAAGGGGAUGACGUUCUCUUUUUUGAUGAAUCACCACCGCCAAGACCAAAACUGAGUGCAGCAGCAGAAGCUAAAAAGUUAGCUGCUAUUGCAAAAUUAAGGGCAAAAGGCCAGAUUCUGGCAAAAACAGAUCCAAACAGUAUUGUAAGGAAACAGAUGAACCCCCAAGAUGUGCUGGACGUGAAGGAGCGUGCAGAGAAGAGCAACACCGUUCCUACUGAAGAUGAGUUGGAGCCUGCCAGUAAAAAAAGGAGAGAGCAACUUGCCUACUUAGAAUCAGAGGAAUUCCAGAGAAUUCUAAAAGCAAAGUCCAAGCACACAGACAUCCUGAAAGAGGCCGAAGCGGAGCUACAGAAAUCCUAUUUUGAGCCACUGGUGAAAAAAGAACAAAUGGAAGAAAAGAUGAGGAGCAUCAGAGAAGUGAAAUGCCGAGUAGUGACGUGUAAGACGUGCACCUACACCCACUUCAAGCCUCUGGAGACCUGCAUCAGCGAACAGCAUAAUCUCCAUUGGCACGAUGGCGUGAAGAGGUUUUUCAAAUGCCCUUGUGGAAACAGGACUAUCUCCCUUGACAGGCUCCCAAAUAAGCACUGCAGUAAUUGUGGCCUCUACAAAUGGGAGCGGGAUGGAAUGCUAAAGGAGAAAACUGGUCCAAAGAUCGGAGGAGAAACCCUGUUGCCGAGAGGCGAAGAGCAUGCCAGGUUUCUGAAUAGCCUUAAAUAACCCUCUCUGCAAAUGGUUUCUCAUGACCGGCCUUACUUCUUGUGGCUCUGAAAAAAGCAAGGGAUUAGCUCUUUGUUGUCCUUCUUCCUGGUUGACACCGGGGGAAAGAAGUGCUUGAUGAACACACUGCCUACUCACUUCCCUCUGUGUGCUGGUUUAACAUCAUAGUUAACAAUAAAUGCACAUGGGAAAUCAG